AUGAUAAAUUUUGUGGAGCCCUAGUUUCAUUUUGUUCAAACUCCAAAACUCUUCAGCCGCAGAGAUCUCUUCUCAUGGCUCCAAUCGGUGUGGGCGAUGUUGUACCAGACGGAACUAUCUCUUUCUACGAUGAAAAUGAUCAGCUUCAGACAGUCUCCGUUCACUCUCUCGCCGCCGGUAAAAAAGUCAUUCUCUUCAAUGUCCCUGGUGGUUUCUCUCCCACAUGCAGCAUGAAGCUUGAGUCUGGAUUCAUUGAGAAAACAGAGGAGCUUAAGUCAAGGGGUAUUGAUGAGAUCAUUUGCUUUAGUGUGAAUGACCCAUUUGUGAUGAAGGCAUGGGGAAAGACAUACCCUGAGAACAAGCAUGUGAAGUUUGUAAGUGACGGGUCAGGGGAAUACACACACCACCUUUUGGGACUUGAGCUUGACCUCAAAGAUAAGGGUAUUGCUGUUAGGUCAAGGAGAUUCACUCUGUUACUCGAUAACCUCAAGGUGACUGUAGCCAUUGUUGAUUCUGGUCAUGAAGGUCCCUUUUCUCAACUUGAAUCAAUUACGAUGAUGAUGCCGUCCAUGUCAAAUCUUCCAAGGGAUUUGGUAGAGGAGAUUAUCUACAGGGUUCCUUGGAAAUUUAUGAGAUCAGUGAGAUUAACUUGCAAAAAGUGGAACGGUUUGUUCAAAAGCCGGAGCUUUAUGGAGAUGCGCAUUGCCAAAGAAGAAGCAGCAGCAAAGGAAUUAGGGGAGAAUCGAAUGAUUGUGAUAUUGGAUUGCAAUGUUCGUUUAAUGGGCAUUGCCGUGAACGACAAUUUAUCCAUAAAGUCUCGAGGUAAACUUACUUGCCUAGAGGAUUCAGAACAAGUCAAGAUAUCUGAAGUCUUUCAUUGCGAGGGUUUAUUGUUAUGCAUCUUGAAAGACGAUGACACUAAGAUUGUUGUUUGGAAUCCGAGUUUGGGGCAUACAAGGUGGAUCCAAACCAGAAAAUAUAACAGCGCAAGUGCAUGGAAAGGACGAGACUAUUACAAGUAUGCUCUGGGAUACAAAAAUAAUAGCGAAAACAGAUCUUGUCGUAGCUUCAAGAUCUUGAGGUUUACAGAUGAAACAACAGUAAUAGAGGAAACAGAUAGCAGACUUCUCCCCGUCAACCCUGCUUUACGGUUUGAAAUCUACGAUUUUGAUUCUGAUUCAUGGAUUACUCUUGAUAUCUCUCCACACUGGCUUAUAGGGUAUGACCGUGGUGUCUCUCUCAAGGGAAACACUUACUGGAGUGUAGAACGAAAGGUAAGCCCACUCAAUGAUCAUAUAAUCUGUUUUGAUUUUACAAGAGAGAGAUUUGGACCGCUUCUUCCUUUGCCGUUUAGAGCUUGGGGUGAACAGUUUGCAUCACUAUCUUGUGUUAGAGAAGAGAAGAUCGCGGCUUUAUUUCAGUCAAGCAAAACAGGUCAGCUUGAGGUAUGGAUUACGACUAAGAUUGAGACCAACAAUGUGUCAUGGAUCAAUUUCUUCUCAAUUGAUAGACAAGACAUUGAGCGGGGGCUUUCACAUAAGAGUUUCUUCAUUGACGAGGAGAAGAAAGUUGCUGUGGUUUUUAAUAAACAAGGAAUUGAAAACACUGUUGAAGUCAUUGGAGAGGUUGGAUGCUUAAAGACAUGGCGUCUUCGUCUUCCAGAACCCGGAGAUAACAAGUGUUGGCCAAUUGUGUGCUCUUAUGUUCCAAGUACAGUGCAAAUCAAGCAACAUAAAGGAGUCAAAAGGAAAGAACAAAGCGAUUAGGAAAAGGCAUCGAAUUUGAGCAAAGCGUGUUGAGACAAGAGGAGGUGGAGAGAAACAGAGAGUUGAUUGUCCUCAACUUGGGAAGUACCCUUAUGAAUUCAAUCUGCUCGUCUUCCCAUUGCGCAAUACUAGCAACGUCCUGCAUGUUUUCAAGCUGUGUUCAUGACUAUUAAAAUGUUUUUAUAUGCUUUAAAACUCAGAACAACCAAAAAAAGAAGUACAAGAAUUAUUUUUUAGA